AUUCCGUUGCGGGAUUAGGGUUUCGUCGUCGCGAUCGUAACUGCUUUUCAUGGUUUCAUCGUCGCGAUCGUAACUGUAUUUCAUUAAUGGACACCGAUAAUGGAAUACCGAAUCAAGGUGAUUGGAGAAGUCAAUUGCACCCUGGAUCACGCCAAAGAAUUGUCAAUAAAAUAAUGGAAGGUUUAAAAAAGCAUGUUCCCGUUUCUGGUCAAGAGGGAUUGCUUGAACUUCAGAACAUUGCCCAAAUGUUUGAAGACAAGAAUUUUACUGUUGCAACAAGCCAGUCUGACUAUCUAAAGAAAAUAGCUACGAGGAUGCUUGAAUUUGAGAUUAAAUCCCGGGGCACUGUGGUCACCAAUAUAUCAUCAUCAUUAGAUAUGCUUACAUUGGAGACUGAAUCCCAGGACACUAUGGCCAACAAUAUAACAUCAUCUUUGGAGACUGAAUCCCAGGACACUAUGGCCAACAAAAAUGGUGUCUAAUUAAAUGUCUAUCAUUUUCCUUUACAAUUACAUAGAGGAAAGUUUUUAUAUCUCAUCGUUAGAGAUCACUUAGAACUAGUCCUUUAUGAUUUUUAUUUCUGCUUGUGAACUGCAUGGUUAAAAUACCGGAGUAUUGGAGAUGUUUAUGAAGAACGCGGAUGAGCCAACAUAAAUUUUGGAUAGUUUGUUCUUACUUACCAACUGCAAAUGUUGGAUAAGAAAAGGAAUCUCAUCUUUGAUGGUGAAUUAAAGCGUUAACUCUCAAACUAUU